GCUUCAGAGAAUUCUAACAAAGUCCUUCUACUGAGCAGGAAUACAAGAAAGGAUUUGCACAAUCUUUUGCUCAACAAUUUGUUAUGUUCUAACUGCAAUUUUUUUCAUUCAGCCCGCAGACACAUUUGGAGAGCAAGAUGAACAUUAAAUAUUUUAUCUGUAUUGCUGUUUUAAUAUUCUCUUUAGCAGCCUCCCCUGCUACACUGCAGAAGGUUCCCAAGAGAAAACCAGGUGCUAAUGGACUUCUUAAAGUUCCAGCUUGCUGUGAAGAGCUAAAAGACUUGAAAGCACAAAUAUCCAACCUGAGCAGCCUCCUAGGAGAGCUAAGCAAGAAGCAGGAGACUGACUGGGUGAAUGUUGUAAUGCAGGUAAUGAAAUUGGAGGGUAGCUACAAGCAAAUGGAAACACGUGUAACAGAUGUUGAAGGAAAGUACUCAGAGAUGAACAACCAGAUGGAUAUUAUGCAGCUACAGGCAGCACAGACAUUAACUCAGACCUCAGCAGAUGCAGUAUAUGACUGCUCCUCACUCUUCCAGAAGAAUUACAAGAUUUCGGGUGUUUAUAAACUACCUGCAGAUGAUUUUCUAGGAAGUUCAGAACUCGAGGUGUUCUGUGACAUGGAGACACAAGGAGGUGGCUGGACUGUAAUCCAAAGACGUAAGGUUGGCCUCACCUCCUUCAACCGGGAGUGGAAGCAGUAUCGUGUGGGCUUUGGAAACAUUCGUGGAGAUUUCUGGCUGGGAAAUGAGCAUAUCUAUCGUUUAACUCGAAGACCAACUGUCCUCAGAGUAGAGUUAGAGGACUGGGAAGGAGGUAUCCGGUACGCUGAAUAUUCUCAAUUCUCCCUCAGUAAUGAGCAAAAUAGCUACCGUCUCUUUUUGGGAAACUACAGUGGGAAUGCUGGCAGAGACUCCCUUCGCUAUCACAACAAUACAGCCUUCAGUACCAAGGACAAGGACAAUGACAAAUGCCUAGAUGAUUGCGCAGGGCUUCGCAAAGGUGGAUACUGGUACAACUGCUGCACAGAUUCUAACCUCAAUGGCAUUUAUUACCGUAAUGGAGAGCACAACAAACAUUCAGACGGCAUUAGCUGGUAUGGCUGGCAUGGGACUUCUUAUUCGCUCAAAAGAGUUGAAAUGAAAAUCAGACCUCAAGAUUUCCAACUCUAAAAGACAAUGUGGCCAUUAUAUCAGCAGAGCAGCAAAUGACCUCAUCAUAACAGUGCCUCUCUCAGGCACAUCUACUUCCUUUUUUCUUCUUUUAGAUCUUAUCUGCACAGUGUAUUUAAUGAGAUGGGGACUAGAUAAGAGGCGGAAUUUGCAUUCUGAACACUGUGGGCAAAUAUCUGGUGGCUAAACAAGUUAAAAUUACAAUGUCCAUUCUAGUGCCUGCAUGGUAACUUCACUGUAUGGAAAAUGGACAUUUGAUCUAGCAUCUCUAACACAAAAUUGCAAUUCUACAAAAGUUACUGACAUACUAAAUAUUGAGAAGCACUCUAUGCUCUGAUAACUGUCCCAUCGAUAAGAUUUAUAGAACAGAAGAAAAUAUUCUUUUGGAAAAGAGGGCAAAUAUCUAAAAAAUUAAAUUAUUAAUGAAGCAAAAUACGUCACCCAGAAGGUCCUGCAUCAAAUCUGUAUAUAGAAUGCUACUUGUAAUUGCUUUAGAAUAAUGUAAAGUCUAUUUUUAUUUGCUUAAUGAAACUGGAAUGAAUAAAUGUUUUGUAACAUA